UCCCUCUUCUUGGCUCCCCGCCUUUCCCUCCCAGUCCUAAUGGCGGCCGAGGCGGCGCUGAGGCACCAGGCUCAGGACGGUGUGACCUUUGAAGAUGUGGCUGUGAACUUUUCCCGGGAGGAAUGGAGUCUCCUUAAUGAGGAUCAGAGAUGCCUGUACCGUGAGGUGAUGCUGGAGAAUGUGGCACUUAUAUUCUCCCUGGGUCAUUGGCAUGGAGCUGAAGAUGAAGAGGCACCUUCUAAGCAGAGCAUUUCUAUACAAAGAGAGUCUCAGGUGAGGACUCCUAGGACAGGUGUGUCUCCCAGGAAGUCCCACCUCUGUAAAAUGUGGGGCCUGACCUUCGGGGACGUUUUGCAGUUGACUGAACACCAGGAAACAUAUCAUAAGCAGAAACUGAACAAGUGUGGGCCAUGUGGGAACAAAUUGGAUGAUGGUGCAAAUUUUUAUCAGCACCAGAAGCAGCACAGUUUAGAGACAGCCAACAGAAGCCGUAUUGGGGGGGCAUCAUUUUUGAAGAGCUAUAAGUUUUUUGUACCACACGAGCCAGUUAUCAUCUGUCAGGAUGGGAAGGAUUCUUUGCCCAGUUCAAGAUUGCCUCAGCAAGAGGCUACUCAUGCUGUGGAGAAGUCUAACGGUGAAAGCAAGUUUGGGGUGCCCUUUCAGGAGGGAAAAACUCCUUACAACUAUGGAGAAUGCAAGAAAGCCUUCAGCACCAAAUAUUCACAUGUUGAACACCAGAAACGUCUCAGUACAGAUGGGUGUUAUGUAUGCAGUGUGUGUGGGAAAGGUUUUACAAGAAGGGAUACCGUCACACGUCAUGAAAGAAGACACACUGGAAAAAAACCUUAUGAGUGUGAAGAAUGUGGGAAAUCGUUUAGUCAAAAGGCCAGUGUUACUCAACAUCAGCGAGUUCACACUGGAGAAAGACCUUAUGAGUGUGGAGAAUGUGGGAAAUUUUUUAGCCAAAAGGGCAACCUCAUUCAACAUCAGCGAGGUCACACUGGAGAAAAGCCUUAUGAGUGUAUGGAAUGUGGGAAGUUAUUUAGGUACAGGUCUCAUCUCACUGAACACCAGAGACUUCACACUGGAGAAAGACCUUAUAAAUGUGGUGAAUGUGGGAAGUUAUUUAACAAGAAGUGUCACCUCAUUGUACACCAAAGAGUUCACACUGGAGAAAAGCCAUAUGAGUGUGAGGUAUGUGGGAAGUUAUUUGGCAACAGGGACUGCAUUACCAUACACCAGCGACUCCACACUAGAGAAAAGCCAUAUGAAUGCAGUGACUGUGGGAAAUCAUUUCCUUGCAGCUCUGCACUCAGUGUUCAUAAAAGAGUUCACACUGGACAAAAGCCUUUUGAGUGCAGUGAAUGUGGGAAAUCCUUUGCUGAUAGCUCUUCUCUCAAGAAACAUAGAAGAGUUCACACUGGAGAAAGACCUUAUGAGUGCACUGACUGUGGACAAAAAUUUAGUCGAAGCUACUCACUCCACCAACAUCAGAGAGUUCACACUAAAAAACAGUCCUUACUAGUGAAAUAAAAUUAAGAAAAUUUA